AUGUCCAUCCAUUCAGAGCUCCAAUAUCAUCUCAUGAUCUUGGAUAACUUGGUUGAUGGUCAAGAACUGAAGGAUGAGCUCCAAAGUCCUGAUGACACUCUUGCAGACCACAUUCGGAACACUGAUCUGGAUGUUGCUGGAUUAACACUAGGAGAGGAGGUGGAACAGUGCAAUGCCUUCCUCUCUAGGAUCGCAGUGACCACAAAACCCAAGUCAAAAGCAGGAUGCUCAGACCUGCCGACCCUCAUGGCCAUGGGCUGGAAUCAGCAAAAGUUUGACAAUUUGGCCAUCUCGCUGAUAUCAGAAGACUCUGUGGAUCUAAGGACUGAGGAGGAGCAGAAGAUUCUUGUUGCAGAGAUGGACCAUCAUUGGAAAUCUCUUUCAGCUUGUGCUGAUGCCCUCGGAGAGCUGUCCUGCUUGUUUUCUAAUGAGACAAUGAAAAUGGCAAAACCUGAGAUGACACCUGGGAGCCUGCCCGCGAAUUCCAGCACAAGUCCCCACAUCCCAACCAGCUUUCAGCAUGACUACCUACACCUGAACAUUAUCAAGCACCCUUCAAUUGUUUAUUUUUGUCUUUGCUUGCUGUUCUUUAUUAAAGUUUUUGCACAGUACCCAGUAAGACGACAGUGA